AGCACACAACCAGCGAUCGCCGCAUAUUUACUGCGCUUGCCUGUCGAAGCAAUCGUCCAGCUCCAGAGCUUUUGGAUGUGUCAGCGAUGACGUGUCAGUCGUUCGCCAGGUGGAUCGACGGCACUGGUCGCGCCGUGACGUCAGCCGCGCGCAGAAGCACCGCGCAGCGUCACGGCGCGAUCCUCUCGCGACUCCUACCCGUCAGGACGAACGAUUCGCACGAUCAGCCGGAAUGCCAGCGCACGGCGGCUGUCAGUAGGCAGAGCCGUCGGGGGAGAUCCCUGGUACCCGCGCAGCGCGCUGCUGUGCCGCGCGUCGCCAGCGCCAUUCGCAGCAGCUGGCGAUUCGCAAUCAGCAUUGCCCCGAGUCGCACGAGUACCGCGAGUAGUCCUGUCAGCGCGACUAGCGCGCGGUGUGCGCAUGGCGGCCGGCGACUCAGCACGGUCGGUCGGGUGCGGGCGGGGAGCGGGGGCGCGGAGACGCGGGAUGAUGCGGGGAGCAGCGCGGAUGCGCGCGCGGGGAGGGAGGGGUUCGCGGCGGACGGGAUCAUCGUGCUGGCGGGCGGCCUGAAGCGAGACGGCACCGUUCCUGUGUGGGUGGAGCGCCGCCUGGAUGCAGCGGCGGAGUUAUAUCGCAUAAUGAAUGGGGAAGAGGAUCGCGCCGCCAUGCACGGGGGGAGGGGCGGAGAGGCGCAGACAGAUUCCGCCUCCCCCUCCGCCUCCGCGCCCCCCAGCGCCUGCCGGUGCCCCAUAGUGGUUCUGGGGGCGGGCACGCCGCACGUGCAGCCGGUGCUGAGUGCGCACGGGCACAUGUGGCACGAGAGCAGCGCGUGCGCGCACUACCUCACGGCGCAGCACGCCAUCCCCCCGGCGCACAUCUACAAGGAGUGGGCGUCGUACGACACGGUGGCCAACGGCUUCUUCUCCCUCGUGUGGCAUGCCGUGCCGCGGCGCUGGCAGCGCCUGCUCGUGCUCACGUCCGCCUUCCACAUGCCGCGAUCCGCCCUCAUCUUCGACUGGAUCUUCUCUCUGCACGGCGCACAAAUCGUGCAGCCCGCCCUGCCGCCCUCCCGGCCGCCAUCUCUAUCCUCUUCUGCGCUCGACCUUUCUACCCUCGCUGAACCCCAGUCUCCUUCCUCCCCUUACUUUGCCUCCUCCUCCUUCUCCUCCUCGUCUUCCUCCUCGACCGCUCCUCUCCCCCUCUCCCCCUUGCGCCCACCACACGGAACGUGGGAGGAGUACAUUCCCCCUUGGAGGCAGCGCGAUGACGGGGCGGAAGCUACAGGGACAUCUGGGGAAGGUGGAUCUAGGGGAGGGCGAUCUGAAGGGGGGAAGGGGGAGGAGGCAAAGGGGAAUGCAGCUCUGUUGGGGGAUUCACCUGAUCAUGUGGUUUCUCAGGUGGAGUCUCCUGGGAAUCCGGCACUGCAAGGCUAUGAGAUUCGAUUCAUCAGUGCUUCAGAUGAGGGCAUUGACCCCGCCAUGAUUCAGGCGCGGGGCUCCAAGGAGGCGGACAGCAUCCGCCUGCUGCUGCCGCGAAUCGCAUCGGUGCGCACACUACCGGCCUUCCACCACUACCUCCACACAGACCACCGGGCAUACAACGUGGAGCACCAAGAGGAGUUUGGGCGGGUGAAGUCUGCGGAAGAGGCGACUUUUGACCCCAUCAAGCUGUGCUACUGAAGGGGCCUGGUGGAUGGGAUGUGGAUGGGAUGUGGAUGGGCGAGACAGCAGUGCUUCAACCCGUCAAGCUGUGCUGCUGACGGGGUGGAUGGGAUGCUCUAAUGGGUACGAGUCAAAGGGCUGCGCUGCGAGCCUUCCUCCACUACUAGCACACGGCCGGAGCACCGCGCUUUCAAUGUGCGGGAAUGGCGCUGAGGAGGCGGCUUUUGUUUGUCCAGGCUGUACUACUGGUGGGUUCUGGUGGAUUGGAGGUAUUGUAGUUUGCCUUGACCUGGGAUACCGUUCUUGUAUUCACAUGGCUGGCAUGAGUGUAGUCACAUGGCUGGCAUGAGUGUAGUCACAUGGCCGGCAUGAGUGUAGUCACAUGGCUGGCACGAGUGUAGUCACAUGGCUGGCAGGAGUGUAGGCACGUGGUUGGCACGAGUGUAGGCACAUGGCUGGCACGAGUGUAGGCACGUGGUUGGCACGAGUGUAGGCACAUGGCUGGCACGAGUGUAGGCACAUGGCUGGCACGAGUGGAGUCACAUGGCUGGCAUGAGUGUAGGCACAUGGCUGGCAUGAGUGUAGGCACAUGGCUGGCACGAGUGUAGUCACAAUGAAGAUUAAAUGGGUUCGACCUGCAGCAAGCCACGCAGCAAGCCAUGCAGCAGGCCACGCAGCAAGCCACGGAGCAGCACAUGGCUGGCAUGAGUGUAGUGCACAUUGAUGGUUCUUCAGUUGUACUCGGAGCACCAGGGCACCCUGAGCCCUAAGGGAAACCCCUCCAGCAACCCGUCCCGUCCUGCUGUGCACCCGUCACGCCUUGGCCAGGGGGACCCCCUGAUUCUGCAGGGAUUCGGAAAUAAAAACGAUUUUGGCUCUCUGCCUCAGGGCGACAGACGUAUGCUAUUCACAGCAGCUUUGACUCGGUUGGUGAAUGGGUGAACGGGUGAGAGGGUGAGUGGCCGAAGCAUCACCCAUCACCCAUCACCAAGCAUAACCCAUCAUCACCCAUCACCCAUCACCCAUCACCCAUCACCCAUCAUCACCC